GCACGACUUCGUUCACUUAACCAUGCUUCUUUUUCUAAAUAUAGUAGAAAAAAAUACGGAAAAACGAUCAGUAAAAAACAAAGUAAAUACUUUUAACAAUUUGUUGCGCGUAGCAUGCUCAUGAACACGUUUUUUUUUAAAUCAUAAACCCAGAAUAAAACAAAAAUGCUCAAUAAAAAGUGCCGGAAAGUAUUUCCUUUUAUACGGAAAAAUAUCGUUUAAAAAUCAACUAGUGUCUUUUCUAUUGAGUCAAAGCUAUUAUUCCGUAGAGAAAUGAAAACUUAAACAGAAAUAUAUAAAAUCAAAUUUACCUGAUAUAGUUGGAGUAAACACACAUUUCAUGGAAAUAUAUUCCGUGAAAAUUGAUUUGGAGGAGAGAACGAACUGUUCCCAUCGACGUUCGAAACCAAAAGAACUCAACAAUUUGAGUUUGUGAACAUGCUCAGUGUUCGUUGUUACAUUUUUCCAAUGGCGGUUGCUCUAACUACGAACGACAUCCUGGUGUUCAUUCCACUAACUAAUCUAAAUGUCAAUUUCAUUGUGACAUUUUCGGAAAUGUGAUCAAAUACAUAACCGCAAUAGCAUUGUCCAUUUUUAUUUGAAUAGAUUUUUUUUUGGUUUCUUGAAUUUAAAACGAAAAUAUUUAAGAGAAAAAUCGGACAAAACAUAAAGGAUUUAAUCUUGUCGGACGACGAGCGCAUUAUUCGUGUAAUCGUGGUGAGAUAAACUCAUCAAAGUGUUUGAAUUGCCAAAUUAGCUUCACGUGACGACAUACGCAAAUAAAACGUGUAUAACGAAUUGCUGGUGAAAUGGAAAAAACAUCGGCUUGCAAUGAAAUUAUUGACGAUAUAGAGGAUUUGAUUUCGUCACAAGACAUAACACCGAAAGAACGAUAUGCCAACAAAAAAGAUGUUACCGUUCGUGCAAAAAAACGUCAACCAUUGAAAAUAUCAAAUGGAACGACAGAGCUCGAAAAAAUCGAACGACCCAUUCUAGAAAGUGUGAUUCCAGGCACACAAAAGGUUUAUGUCAAAACAUGGGGCUGUGCGCAUAAUAAUUCCGACUCAGAGUAUAUGGCAGGGCAGCUGGCAUCAUAUGGUUACAACUUGACUGGCGAUAAAGGUGCAGCCGACUUAUGGCUGUUGAAUAGCUGUACAGUGAAGAAUCCAUCUGAAGACACUUUUAGGAACGAGAUCCAAAGUGGAUUGGACACGGGCAAGCAUGUUGUUGUAGCGGGCUGUGUGCCACAGGGAGCCCCGAAAUCAGAUUACCUUAAAGGGCUCAGUAUAAUCGGAGUUCGUCAAAUAGAUCGUAUCGUAGAAGUGGUCGAGGAAACACUAAAAGGACAUACUGUUCGUUUGUUGCAACCAAAAAAAGUGAAUGGCAAAUACUUGGCCGGUGCACCAUUAGAUUUGCCGAAAAUUCGGAAAAAUCCACUUGUUGAAAUUAUCGCAAUCAACACAGGAUGUUUGAAUCAAUGUACCUAUUGCAAAACUAAACACUCUCGCGGAAAUUUGUCCAGCUAUCCACCCGAGGAAAUUAUUGCACGAGCCGUACAAGCGUUCAAACAAGGAGUUUGUGAGAUUUGGCUUACAUCUGAAGAUACAGGAACGUAUGGCCGGGACAUUGGUACAUCGUUACCCGAACUUUUGUGGAAAUUAACUGAAGUAAUUCCGGAUGGUUGUAUGUUACGAGUAGGAAUGACGAAUCCACCGUAUAUUCUUGAACAUUUGGAAGAAAUUGCCAAAAUUUUCCAGACACCACGCGUUUAUUCAUUUUUGCAUGUUCCCGUACAAAGUGGGUCCGAUUCGGUAUUGGGUGAGAUGAAACGAGAAUACUGUAGAAAAGAAUUUGAGCAGGUCGUUGACAUACUUAGAGCACGAGUUCCCGGCAUCACCAUUGCGACAGACAUAAUUUGUGGUUUUCCCACUGAAACCGAAGCUGACUUCGAAGAGACUAUGACACUUUGCGAAAAAUAUAAAUUCCCGAGUUUAUUUAUCAACCAAUUUUAUCCACGACCAGGAACACCAGCUGCUCAAAUGAAACGCAUACCAGCCAAUUUAGUCAAAACGCGUACAAAACGACUGACAGAUCUUUUCAAUUCGUAUGAACCGUAUGCAGAUCGGGUUGGCCAAGAAUAUGUAGCAUUAGUUACAGACAUCUCACAUGAUAAAAAAUAUUACGUUGGCCAUAACAAGUUCUAUGAGCAAAUCUUAUUGCCAAUGAAAGAAAAUCUGUUGGGAAAAUCAGUUCGUACACGAAUAACCUCCGUUACGAAAUUCUCAAUGCUCGGCGAACUUCUGGAUGCUGAAGAGAAGUGGCAAUCGUGCAGUACUAGUUCGGAAAAUGUACAUGAGAAAAUAGCCAAAGCUACUCUUGAAUCAAGCGAAACUAACGGAUGCGUUACCAACUGGUCGUCUGACGAUAACAAAAAUGCUGCAUUCAUAUAUGCGAUGGUUGCUCUGUUCCUCGCUUUAGUCUACCGAUACAUAUGGAAAUUUUUAAGCGAAAUAGAAUAAAAAUAAUAAAUCCAAACAAAAA